AUGAAGAAUGUAGAAAAGUUAACGAAUAUUCCCAGUGAAGAGUUGGAAGUGGUUUUUUGUGGAAAGAAGCUAGCCAAAUCAACGUUUAUGAAAGAUCUAUCGUUAACCCCAGCAACACAAAUCAUGUUUCUGCGACCCAAAAAUCUUGUUCAGCUGACAAAUUCGAAAUUUGAUAGUAACAACAAAAUUACCGACACAUCUAUUUUAGGAAGCUUUUAUGUCUGGUGCAAGAAAUGUGAUGACGUUCAGCGAGGGAAACUUCGAGUUUAUUGCCAGAACUGUGCAUCUACCUCUGUUUUGGUUAAAUCAGAACCGCAGAAUUGGGUAGAUGUUUUAAAAAGCAAGAGGAUACAAGUUACAUGUGAAAAUUGCUUUGCUCCGGGACUUUUCGCUGAUUUCAAGUUCAAGUGCCUCAAGUGUAAUGAUUUGGCCGCCGCUUUAACACACGUUCGAGGAAAUUGGCAAAUGACAGAGUGCUGUGUUUGUGAUGGAAAAGAUAAAGUUGUAAUUGAUCUCGGAUGCAAUCACAUUAUCUGUCAAAACUGUUUCAAAGAAUACUUACUCAGUACGUUAGAAGAGUUUCGUUUCACCAACCGUCCGCCUUAUGGGUUCACUACUUCAUGCGUCUAUCCAGGUUGUAAUCGAGUUGUGAAAGACGUUCAUCAUUUUCAUAUCAUGGGGCAAUCAUCAUACAGUGAAUAUCAACGAAAGGCAACUGAACGGCUUAUUUCCAUUGAUGAUGAAGGAGUGACAUGCCCCAAUGCUGCAUGUGGACAAAGCUUUUUCUGGGAACCAUAUGACGAUGAUGGGAGAUCUCAAUGCCCAGAUUGUUUUUUCACUUUUUGUAGAAAAUGUACGGAACGAGAGUGUACAUGUCAAAGUGAUGAUGAUUUGACAAAAAUAACAAUUGAUGCAACAACUAGACGUUGUCCAAGAUGUAAUGCAGCAACCGAAAGGAACGGUGGAUGCGCCCACAUUCACUGCACUUCAUGUGGCAUGGAUUGGUGCUUCAAAUGUGUCACCGAGUGGAAAGAAGAAUGUCAAUGGGACCACUGGUUCAAUUGA